GACAUUAGAUCUCGCCAAGCUGUUCCGGGCAUGUGCACGGCUGUCAAAUCUAAAACGUAAACAAUGUGGCAGCGUUUUGUGUUUUAAUUUACGUCACCUCUGUUGACGAACAAUGGGCAAGUGAAACCAAAUGUCAGCAAACUUGUGACGCUCUGUGGGGGUCUAGAUGAACAGGUGUAAUAGGUGAGGAGAUGGGCUCUGUUCGGUGGGCUUUCCGCUGUGGCUCGUGGACACCGAGCAGGUCUGAUUGGCUGCUCGCUGCUCGCUGCAUUCAGCGGGAAGAGAAGGACAGGAUCGGACAGUUUGUGUUUGCCAAGGAUGCCAAAUCAGCUGUGGCUGGCAGGUUGUUGCUGAGGAGAUUUGUGUGUGAGAGGAUGGGGAUCCCCUGGUCAGACAUCAGACUGGAGAGAUCACCUAGAGGGAAACCUUACCUGGCAGCACCACUGAAGGUCGGUUCUGAUUCAGGCCCUAAACAACCUGCAUGGAGUUUCAACCUGUCACAUCAAGGAGACUACGCAGUGCUCGCUGCAGAGCAAGGCAUGCAAGUGGGAGUGGAUAUCAUGAAGACCGCCAUGCCAGGUAGCAGCUCUGUGCCGGAGUUUUUCCGCAUCAUGACUCGUCAGUUUACAGUGUACGAGUGGAGCGUCAUCCAAUCAGCCGGCUCAGAGCACCAGCAGCUCGCCACGUUCUACCGCCACUGGGCCCUUAAGGAGAGCUUCAUCAAAGCCAUCGGCACAGGCCUGGGCUUCAACCUGCAGCGGGUUGAGUUUCACCUGACCUCUGAGCCUCUCACGGCGGGCCAUGCUCUGCACCAGACCAAGAUGCAUCUAGACGAAAAUGAGGAAGACGACUGGAUUUUUGAAGAGAGCUUACUGGAUGCUGACCAUCAUGUGGCAGUAGCGCUGGGACCAGCAGAGAAACCAGGCUCUGCACCUCUUCAUCCAUCCCUUCCCACUCCCACCACGUUCACACUGCUGUCGUUCAGUGACCUCAUUGCAUCCGCCUCCCCUCUGACAGAUGAAGACCCCGCCUACUGGGACAGCUUCCAGAUGAAGGCCGAAGCUCCGCAGAGACAGAGACAAUAACCUCCUGUCUCACACUGACACCUGCCAUACCUACACACACACACCUGUCAGAAGUACCAGAGAAGAAAGACAUGGACUGAUAUGGAGAGAUGCAUCAGAAACCACAGGUUUGUCUCAGAGGACUUCAGAAUCCAUACAGCACCUGACACCUUCUACUGUAUCAUAAAAAUGUGAGAAAUACUUCCUAAGAAGCAAUCCUCCACAAUACUGUGCUGUACAUCCAAACAUUUCUUGUUGAACAGUGAUUUAGUCCUGUUGAUCAUAUAAGCUUUCAGAAUUAAAAGGCUGUCUUUUUACAAAUGAAAA